AUGAUGCUAAGCUCGAAGGCCAGGGGCUUGGCCUCUGCCUCUCUUUCCUCACCACCAGAAUCUCCUAUAUCCCAGCUAUCCCGCCCUGACCCACGCUGCAUUCAACCAAAUCUGAAUCAAAGUCCAACCACCCACUCACAGAGUGCCACAGCGUCCGCGCCGACGCGUUUGACGCCUCCACAACAGCUUGACGACCUGACCAUCGCCACCACCGGCACUAUCACUACUGAAGAACGCCGCCACCAGCCGGUACAAGAAUAUCACAGCGGGUUCGUCUCCGCCGCCUACAGGGAGCCUUCGACACCACCGUUGGCAUCUCUGCACCGCAGGCAGCAGUCCAGCACGAGCCUGUUGCCGUUGGCCCUCAUCAACCGAGCUACUUCGCCGGAGCGAAGGCAGCAGCGGCCUACUUUGGCUGUCGAGAUGCCUUACACCGGCGAUGGCAAGAAAAACAAGAGGGUUUCGGACGUGUCAUCUCGCAGCGGACAAGGUGAAGGGGCUGCGGGAGACGGUUUGUUGUCACCUUUGAGCAUACGAGGCGCCGACAGCGCCAUUCCCAGGGAUGAACCCACACCUGCAUCAACAGACGGAACGCCGAUGCGGAGUAACAGGACGUCGACUCCGGGAGAGAGGCAGACCUCGCCGGCUUCGUCAAGAUUCGCCUUCAUCGCCUCGGGCAUGUCUGCAAUAUCGUCGCGGCUUACACAGUCCUCCUUGAGCCCCUCGGCCAAGUCCAGCGAGCCUCGAGAUGAUUUGUCGAGCCUGAACGUGGAAGCGGCGCUAUUCCCCGGGGGCGCCCCGGCCGCGGGUGACACCUUCUCCCCCGCCGCUUACAAGAACCUACAGGUCAACGCUGUGGCUCUCGCCCGCCGUCUUCAAAACGGCUACACGGAGCAGGCCAGAGCACUGCGCGAGCUGAGCGCUGAGCGAGAAGCCGAUCUCGAAGAAAUGGAGGAAGCGACUACCCGCGCUAUGCACCUCAAGAUGCAACUUGAGGACAUGGCCUACAAGGCUGCCGACCAAGAGCGUGCAAUGAGGGAGCUUCUCGACGAACUGGCUGCCGAGCGCCGAAAGACGGCGAGACUCCUCGCGGCAGCUGGUGGUGUAUCUUCCCCAAAGGGCCCGCAGGUACGUCUCGACCAGCAGACGCAUGGGGCCGGUCCUGCAUCAGAGGGAUCCAUCGUCGAGGACUUGGACGUCGACGCGGCGGUAGAAGAGCUCCAAUACCGGCGCAGGAUGAAAAACUGGCGCAGCAGCGGUGGCGCUGAUAGCUUCGACACCGAUGACGAUAGCAUGGCUGAGGUUGAGAGCGUCUUCUCGCGCUCCCGGAGUUCCACCACGACCGACAGCCCCAACUCCGCCCUGCCGAGAUCGCCCUCCUCGGUUACCAUGGCGCCGCCACAAGUGCCGCCCAAGGCGGCCCCGAAGCCGUUGGCCAGCAAAGGCGCGCUGCCCCAGCGGUCUGCACCGGCUCAGCAAAAACAUCAGUCCAUGACGGCCUUCCAAAAACUGGUAAGGAACGUGACGUCUGCAUCUCCGGUAGACAACAGUGCUGGCCCUGCCAACUGUGCAAACUGCCGUGGCCAAGACGCUGGCGUGGCUUGGGACACGGUCGGCCUGCUCAGGGAUGAGAACAAGGCCUUGAAGCAAAGAGUCGGCGAACUGGAGGGUGCCGUCGAGAGCGCGCUCGAUCUGGUGAAUGGGGUUGGGUUAUGA